UACUUGUUGCGCGCUCGGCUGCUGUCGGCUCUCUGCCACUGCUGAUCGGAGACUCAGAUGUGAAUCCAGGGUUCCUCUCUGAUGUGUGACGGAGGACGGGAGACGGCCGUAGGAACAGGAGAGAGAAAGCAGCUCCGUGCCCCCCGCCUCUCUCCCCCGGUUCAAGCCAGGAGCUCCGCCUCUGUGGGCCGCUCCGAGGCGCGGAGUCCCGGGCUGCGGCUGCAGCAGAGCUCCGGUGCGCCUCCUCUCCUCUCCUCCUCCGGCACGCGCGCUUGAGCUCGGAGCGGACGCACAGGAAGACUAUGCGGUGCUGUGCGCGCGAUACGGAGUAGAGCAGUCCUGGAACACCCGCGCUCAUCCUCACAUAACAGCAAUGAUGCAUCGCAGGCACACCACUCUGAGGGAGAAGGGGCGUCGGCAGGCCAUUCGAGGCCCUGCAUACAUGUUUAACGAGCGCGGCACCAGUCUCACUACGGAGGAGGAGCGUUUUCUUGAUGCUGCUGAAUAUGGAAACAUCCCUGUCGUCCGCAAGAUGCUCGAAGAGUGCAAAACGCUCAACUUUAACUGUGUGGACUACAUGGGCCAGAACGCAUUGCAGCUAGCUGUAGCCAAUGAGCACUUGGAAGUCACAGAGCUGCUCCUGAAGAAGAAGGGUCUUGCGAGAGUGGGGGAUGCUCUGCUUUUGGCUAUUAGCAAAGGCUAUGUGCGAAUUGUCGAAGCCAUCUUGGCUCACCCGGCGUUUGCAGGAGGUCUGAGAUUAACUUUAAGUCCCUUGGAACAAGAACUUAGAGAUGAUGACUUUUAUGCAUAUGAUGAGGAUGGAACACGUUUUUCCCAAGACAUAACACCUGUGAUUUUGGCCUCACACUGCCAAGAGUAUGAGAUCGUGCACAUCCUGUUGAUGAAGGGUGCCAGGAUAGAGCGGCCUCACGACUACUUCUGCAAGUGCAACGAGUGCACGGAGAAGCAGAAGCGUGACUCUUUUAGCCACUCAAGAUCACGUAUGAAUGCAUAUAAAGGGCUCGCUAGCGCUGCCUACCUGUCACUUUCAAGUGAAGACCCUGUACUCACAGCUCUGGAGCUCAGCAAUGAACUGGCACGUCUCGCUAACAUAGAGACAGAAUUUAAGAAUGACUACCGUAAGCUGUCCAUGCAGUGUAAGGACUUUGUGGUGGGGGUACUGGACCUGUGCCGGGAUACGGAGGAGGUGGAGGCCAUUCUGAAUGGUGACGUGGACCAGAACCCGCCCUCAGAGCACCAGCGGCCCUGCCUCAGCCGCGUCAAACUCGCCAUCAAAUAUGAAGUUAAGAAGUUUGUUGCCCAUCCUAACUGCCAGCAGCAGCUGUUAACUAUCUGGUAUGAGAACCUGGCUGACCUGAGGCAGCAGUCUAUAGGAGUGAAGUGUCUUACUGUACUAGGAGUAACAAUAGGACUUCCUUUCCUCGCCAUAGCAUACUGGAUCAUUCCCUGCAGCAAGCUCGGUCAGAUUCUUCGCAGUCCCUUCAUGAAGUUUGUGGCUCAUGCUGUCUCCUUCACCAUCUUCUUGGGCCUGCUGGUGCUGAAUGCUUCAGACCGUUUUGAGGGAGUGAAGAAUCUCCCCAACGAGACCAUCACAGAUCACCCACGGCAGGUGUUCAGGGUCAAAACCACUCAGUUCUCCUGGACAGAACUCCUCAUCAUGAAAUGGGUGCUGGGUAUGAUCUGGUCAGAGUGUAAAGAAAUUUGGUCUGAUGGUCCACGCGAGUACGUCAUGCACCUCUGGAAUGUUCUGGACUUUGGCAUGUUGUCCAUCUUUGUGGCGUCCUUCACAGCUCGCUUUAUGGCUUUCUUGAAAGCAUCUAAAGCACAACUUUACAUAGAUCUCCAUGUGCCCAAUCAUGACAUCAGCAACGCCUCUCUGCCUGCUGAUAUCGCCUACUUCACAUAUGCCAGGAAUAAGUGGAGACCUUCUGACCCUCAAAUCAUCUCAGAGGGUUUGUAUGCCAUCGCAGUGGUCCUGAGUUUCUCUCGCAUCGCCUAUAUCCUCCCAGCUAACGAGAGCUUCGGGCCGCUGCAGAUCUCACUGGGGCGCACAGUUAAAGACAUCUUCAAAUUCAUGGUCAUCUUCAUCAUGGUCUUCGUUGCUUUUAUGAUUGGCAUGUUCAACCUGUACUCAUACUACCUAGGAGCCAAGUACAAUCCUGCCUUUACAACGGUGGAGGAAAGCUUUAAGACGUUGUUCUGGUCCAUUUUCGGCUUGUCCGAGGUGAUCUCAGUGGUUCUGAAGUACGACCAUAAGUUUAUCGAGAACAUUGGCUAUGUGCUAUACGGUGUAUAUAAUGUGACCAUGGUGGUGGUGCUGCUCAACAUGCUCAUAGCAAUGAUAAACAGCUCCUACCAGGAAAUAGAGGAGGAUGCUGAUGUUGAGUGGAAGUUUGCUCGUGCUAAGCUCUGGUUGUCUUAUUUUGAUGAAGGUCGCACACUGCCUGCUCCCUUUAACCUGGUGCCCAGUCCAAAGUCCUUCUACUAUCUGGCUUUGCGCACCAAAACAUGUCUCGUGCAUCUCUGUAAGGCCAAAAGUCAUCGUCAUGACAACGAGCUGGAGAUGGGCAUGCUCAACUCAAGACCAAAGCUGGAUCGAUACAGAGCUCCUUCAAGAAUCAAAGAGGAAAACACAGUGAAGAAACCCAUCAAAAACCCCACACGCUACCAGAAGAUUAUGAAGCGUCUUAUAAAGCGGUAUGUUCUGAAGGCGCAGGUCGACAGGGAGAAUGAUGAAGUUAAUGAAGGUGAGCUAAAGGAGAUAAAGCAGGAUAUCUCCAGCCUGCGCUACGAGCUGCUGGAAGAGAAAUCUCAGGCCACUGGAGAACUGGCCGACCUCAUUCAACAACUCAGCGACAAGUUCGGCAAGAAUGACAAAAAACAGCCCUGAGGGAGAGAGUGAGAGAGAGAGAGAGAGAGAGAGAGAGAGAGUAAGGAGCAGAGGAAUAGAUUGACACAAUCCUGAAAUGCUUUCUAAUUGGCUAAAACAAGCUCUUUUGCUUCAUUUCUCAAGAAAAAGACAAGCAAUCACUGACAAUUGCACUCGAGAAAAUCAUGCUAUGAAGAGAAAUGUGUACUUCAGGUCCUAAAAUCAGCCAUUUCCUCUACUUUGUGCUCUGCACUUUAAAGAAAUGGACAAAAUUGCAGUCAUUGGAGAUUGGGGGGAAAAAAUUAAUGGUGAAAACUGCAUCGUUUCUUUCGAAUGAUAAAUAAUCACACUAUAGGCAACACAGCCUGCUCGUGUUAGCCUUUUUGUUUAGAUUUCACUCGCGAUUUGCAUUAAUAAUUCAUGGUUUUACUGAAUGGAGGAAAAGAAAUUGCAAUUUAUUAAGAUUUAUACCACAGCGCUGUCAGCUUCUCGAUUCUGAUUGGUCAGAGGGUGUUUGAUUCAUUUUCAUUCUGUUUUAGCAGCAGCUCUGACAAUACUGAUGGCUAGAAUUCAAGUUUAGAUUAAUGUGCUCACUUUAAUAUGCUAUUAUUUCAAUAGUAACAGCUCCACACACAUAAACUAAUAACAAAAGGCUUAUAGUAAACAUUUUAACGUUUACAGAUACAAUGGAGUCUCCAGUGUCAGGGUUAUGUAACCCUUUCUAGUUUUUUUUUUUGUUUGUUUGUUUUUUUUUUGACAUGAGAAGCUGCAUUUUUUUAUUUUAUUUUUUUUAUUUUUUUGUUAUUUAUUUUAUUAACUUAAAUAUGGAGGGAAAAAAACAUUAAACGUAAGUAAAGUGGUUAAAGGGUUAACGUUCACUGCAAGAAAAUGACAUCAUAACUAGUGAAAAUACGUUGAAUGUAGUCAAAUUUAUUUGUAUAAAAUUUGUAUACGAUUUGUUCAGUUCAUAUGUUUCUGUUAGUUGAUUAUUUCUCUUGUUUUACACAUAUAUUUCUUGACAGAAACAAACUGAUCUCCCAACAGAAUCUUGAAAGCUUAACAGACUGAAGAGUCUUAUAUUUAUAAGAUUUAUAAUUAGAUGGCAGAAAUGAAAUGGCAGAUUAAUUGUCAUGUAUUCAAAAUCUUUACACUUGCUUUUGCUGUGUUGUUCAUUAAUAAAUAGCCAAUUGGUAUUGGUAGAAAAGUGCUGUGGUAUAGAAGGAAUAAAACACAUUGCUUCAGGUUUGGAUCACAUCACCCCACUCCAAGCCUUAACAACAGUAUUCCUGGACAUGUUUUUUUCUUAAUUUAUUAAAAUAUUGGACAGGAAUUGGACUGCAGACUAAGCACAGAUGUGAUUCACGUGUACACAAUGUCUUCUACCUGCAAAUCUGGUAGAAAUUUCUAGAAGGAUAGCGCUAGUCGGUUUUUAGCUAAUCAUCUUUUCUUCGUCCUUUUCAAGAAGCAUAUUAGAGCAUCAGGAGUAACGUGUGAUUGGGUUUUUAUUGUCGUAUAUAGCUAUGGGGUAUCGUAUGGAUUUGAGAGCCAUAAUACAGCCAUAAUAAUGAGUAGUAUUUAGUAGGAAUUUUACAGUGAGCCUAUCUCCAGUAAUGAGAUUAUUAUGCGUUAUGUAAUAAGAUUUGAAUAAGUUUUAAUGAGGCAUUUUAGAGGAUAAAGGCCAGGGUUUUUUUUGUUGGGGAAAAAAAGUGAACUUUGAUUUGAGGAUUUUGUUCAAAUAAUUGGGAAGAGCUGUGUGAUCUGGAGGAGAAAGUGUGACAUGGGAAAGGAUUAGCCCUCAUUCAGGGUUGCGGGGCUGAAAGAGGGCAACAUGAUGUGAAGGCAGAUGAGAGCUGUUGAUCCCCCUUUCCUCAGUUCUGUCCAUAUCCUGUAUUUAUCUUUCUUUUCAAUCAUUUGCUCUUGUCUUCUCUUCUCUUUUUCUCUGGAUGCACUAAUCUUCUGUAGAUAAACUCCACUGAUAAAAAUCUGCUAUUUACUUUUUCAUGGUACAGUUUAAGCCUAAGUAAUGGAUAUAAAGGAGGAUUUAUCACCACUAGGACUGUAGCGUAAUGAAGGGCUUGGGUUUUAAAUAUUUCGGCAUUCCCGAAAUAAUUUAUUAGUCUGAAUCUGAUACAUGUUUACCUCCAAAUAUUUUUCAAUCUGAUUCAACUGUUUACAUGGACCCUAAAUAUUGCAACCAGUUUGAAUACUUCAUUAUAUUUAAUCUAAAUUAUAUUGUGCUCUCGUUUAAAGUCCACAGAGAGACUGGAUCACUGGCCAAGAAAAAAGUAAUCCUGCAGUUAGAGACUUAGACAUGACUCUAAAGUUUCUAAAGAGAAAACGCUCACUCUCUUAUUAACAGCUUUACGAACGUGUUUUUUGACAGCUUCACAAUAUUCAUUUUGGACACUGUACAUUUGUGUAAACACAAAGUUUUGUACAUUGUGUACAUUGUGUACAUUUGUGUAAACACAAAGUUUUGUACAUUAGAAAUUUGUUGGCUUUCUACUUUCAUUUUUAGCAUGCUAGCUAAACCGGCUAUAGCAUAUAAACUGCGCAAAAUUAGCUUCGUACCACGUAACGUCUUUCUAUUUUUCUUUCUCACAUCAUUGAUAGCAGUCGCCAAUAAUUCUAUCAAAUCUAAAUUCAUAUUCAGCGAUGCAGGUUACAGUCACACCCAAGUUUUGAAGAAAUCUGUUUACGCCAAAGACAUUCAGAAAUUCCAACAAAAUAUGAUUAGACUUGUGAAGUAUUCGUUGAUAUUCUAGGCCAGACGUUCAUGCCAGACGUCUAGAUUAUUAGACAUCUUAUAAGUGUAGCUGCAUAAACAGCAACAAGUAGCAUUAUUUUCAGGUGAGAAGUGCGGUGCAUCCGUAAGACAACAGCCCUUAUGGUAGUAGCAGCACUAUAUUUCAAACUUUGGACCAUCUGGAUGUUAUCCUCUGGCUCUGGCUUCAAUUAAGAUAAGACCGAAUAUCUAAAUUCUUCCACCUUCAGUGCAGGAUUGUAAACAUGACCUUUUGCAGUAUAUUUUUUAAGGGGAAGAAAUAUGAAGGAAAUACACAGUAAAACUUGUUUGUUUGUUGUCUAAUUUAUUGUCCUCUAGCAACUUCACCAAAAUACAGUGCAAAUGAAAUCCUAUUUAAUGUCUUUCUCUGUUGUGCACCCCUUAUCUUUAUUUUUGACUUGAGUAAGGGCUACAACUGAAGAAAAUAUAACAGCUAAUGUAAAAGCCUUGGCGAUGUUUUGUGAUACAUUAAUGGGAGUUGUAAUAUCUUGAUUUGAUAGAAUUAUCCAGACUAAAUAAUGACUGGACUGUUCACAUUUAGCAAACAGCUAUACAAGAGCUCUUUAGCCAAAAUGCUCAGUAACAAGCUGUAAACAAUACUGAUGCUAAAUUGGAGCUAGCAAGAUUGCACAAUCUAACUGUGUUUAUUUUAACACUGAUUAGCUGAUCGAGAAUGAACGUAUUGGAUUUCAUCAGGAAUUAACUGCUUUGCCAGUUAAUGAAGUUAAAACAGACGGCUUUUGUAAACCAGACGAUUUGCUAUAAUGGCAGUUUCUUGAGUUAAAAUGGAUUUCUUUAAGCUAGGUACACUCUCAGAACUAGUGCUGAACUAAAUUGUUGGUUGUAGUUCUCUCUUGGGGACACAUUUUGUGCCUUUAGUAUGUAUCUUUUUCAUAGAAAGAUGUCUGUAGUGUACGCUUAAAACUUUGCUCUAAUUAAAACUAAUUUUGAUCAAUUUAUGCAACAUUUCCAUGCUACAAUCUGUCCACGUUUCCAUGUAAAAGAUACAUAUCAACGUGCAAAAGUGCCGUAGGGUACCAGUAGUGCUAUUUUUUCUGUAAUUUAUCCAUCCAUCGUCUAUACCCACUUAUUCCUAAUUAGGGUCACGGGGGUCUGCCGGAGCCUAUCCCAGCGCACAUAGGGCAAAAGGCAGGGGUACACCCUGGACAGGUUGCCAGUCCAUUACAGGGCCACACAUGGACAGACAACCCCACACACUUACACCUAUGGGCAAUUUAAAAUUACCAAUCAACCUAAUGUUUUUGACUGUGGGAGGAAACCACCAUGCAAGCUCCACACAGAAAGGUCCCUGCCUGUUCGAACCCGGGACUCGGACCCAGGACUUUCUUGCUGCGAGGCAACAGUGCUAACCACUAAGCCACGGUGCUGCCCCUGUAAUGUAUCUGACUUAAUAUAAUGCCAUUUUAUAACAAUGACUGAGAAGUUAAUUCAUUAAGAGCAGAAAUAAACACAGAAUGAGAAUAAACUGCAAAGGAUAAUUACAAGAAGCUACUAACACCGUAAUAUUCUAAUUUAAGGAAUAUUGAUAUAAAGGACGGUAUUUUAUUAACAUCAUAAGUAUUCAUGGACCUGAUAGUGUCCUACCAUGUCUUGAUGACUACAAAGCUGAACAGGAUAAUGUGAAUAACAUGGCAGGUGGCUGAUAUUCUGCAUUAUGUUCAUUUGAAAUACAAUACUAGACUAACCUGACCGAAAUGAUUUAUAUAAUUGUAAACCAGCAUAACUGCAGUAAACUCAUAACUCAAACUACAUCCUGGAAAAAUAUAGACACAUGACUGAUUGUCAAGCCGUGAGCCAGAUGUUGGUAAUGGAGCAAAAUAAAAUGAAUUAUUUAAGACGGCCAGGAGAGAGAGUUGUUGUUGUUGUUUUUGUUUGUUUUUUGUUUUUUUACUAUUUAAAACUUUUACCAUUUUAAAACUUUUUUGUAAAAUACUCAAGAGACAAAACUGCUAUUGUAGCUGAACAGAUUCACAUCUGGAAAGAACUGUCAAAUCUAUGGUUUACUCGACACUGUGAACAGUUGAUUUCUCUUCCCAAAUUAAAUGCCUAGUAACUUCACUAGGGCCUAUUUUAACUAAAUGUAGUUAGCGGCUAUGGACAGCGAGUUAGGCGGCUAUUUUUCCAGUGGCCUGGAGCCAGAGGGGUUUUUUUUUUUUUUUUUUACAUGGAUUCUGUCAUGUGAUUUACAUGCAAGAUAAAAAAAAAAUAAAAAAGUAAUUGCAGUCUAAUUACAGGGCUGUGAGCUUCAAGCAGAAUCACACCAUGAGAGAGGUGAGAGAACAGAGAUAUAGAAGAGUAGAAACAGGGUGCAUGCUGGGACGUGAAUAAUAUGUGAAUAAUCAUGCGAGUAACAUGAUUUAAAAAGAAAUGCGAGGAAAAAAAAAGAGAAAACCACUGUGACAAGUUUUAACACACACACACACAUAUAUGUAUAUAUAUAUGUGAUAAAGCAAUCCUCCUGAAAGUCAUGAGCUGUCACUGCACCGCUCCUCUACGCUUAUCUUUAAUAGGCUGUCUAAUUAACUCAGUACAAAGACUAUUCUCAGCCUUUAAUGCUUACUCCACUCUUGCAAAUUUUGUCAUGCUACUUUCACUUUAACCACGGAUAUUUCUUUAAGUGUACAUCGGAUGCGUGUGUAUUAUUAUGAGUGUGUGUUAUUAUUUUAUCACCAGAGGUCAAGAGCACGAUGUUCUUAAUCUACAAUUUGAUAUUUCGAUAUUUCUCAUUUCAAAUGGAAACCUGUUACCCAGAAACUUAAUCCGAUAUUGCCAAGCUUCACCGUCAAAGAUUAAUGGGUUAUAAAGUUAAAUGUAAGGAAAUUAAACUCAUUUUGAACCAUUAUAAACCAGACGUGACAAGCGUGCCACCUCUGCCCAGCUGCAAUACAAUACACAGCUGAUGAUCAGUGUAGCUUUUUAAACCAUGUAGCAGCGACAUCUACCCAAACCACAAUCUUAAAUUAUUCUUUCACUCUCUGUGAGUGCUAUUACUAUAGAAAUAUCUACACAAUUCACCACACGUACAAUGCAACUAGGCUUAUAUAAAAUCUACUCUGUCAUCCCUACAUGUUUUGACGCUGCCGUCAAUCAUUUUGUAAUCUGACACGCCCACUUAGUUUUGGUCAGGCAGCAAAGAGUACAAGCUUUUUAUAGCUGUACAUUCUUGAAACUACUCUUGAUAUGUGUGUAUUAAAUGAUUCGAUUUUCAGAGCGAUGUGAACAGAAAAAAAAUUCUAUCUUUUUCAAUCAGGUUUAAACCUAUGAGGUCCUCUAUAACAGUAAUGUGUUGUUGAACAUAACCCUUCAGUGAGCGUGGGCAUAUCGCUUCGUGUUCCCUUUAGCUCACCUACACAUCUCCUGGAGAAAACCCAGUAUUUAUUCUCCUUCUUGCUCUCAUCAUAAACAGCUCACAGCUGUUGGUCUCCCGAGCAAAUCAUCUCUACAGUGAAAGCCUUGUGCUGCUAAUUUGUUCAUUUUUAUCCCCACAGCAAUCUUAGGCUGUUUAACAAAUAUCAUGGUUUUGUUGUUAUUGUUAUUGUUGGUGUUUAUGAUUUAUACAUGUGACCUUAUUGAUUAGGAAAAUGCAGAUGCUUUCAGAGCAGAGAUCUGUUCACGCUAAUGAUCAUACUAAUGAAUUUUCAGAGUAUCACAUGACGCCGUUCGAUUUUCAAUGCAGGAAUGCUGUGGUUGAAAAACUCCCGUAUUAAAACCAAGAUAUCAUGUGAACUUCAUGUAAAUUUUUACACUUACUGAUUUUAUGUGGUAUAUGGUUUUACACGUUGUUUAUACACACCAUUUUAUUUUUUCCACUUGUGAUUUUAAGGGUUUAUUUUCCAUAAAAUGCAUCAUUGCAUAGUAUUCACAUGGCACACUGGCACACAUGUGCCUUUUAAGAAUAGGAUGUAAUGCAAUUUCAAACACAUACAUCUCGCAUGUAGAUAGAGACCUGAUGCCAUCAUGUUAACCAUUACACACUCGCUGCAUUGCUGGCUGAAAAUAUUUAACAGCUUGCUUAUUUUUAAUUCAGCAUUUUUGCAUUCGUUAGAUAUCUUUAGUGUCUUUGCCUUUCUCUUCAUCAUCUUACGAAUAACACUGACUGACAAUAACACUUUAAUAUCAGUGUGAUCUGCUACAAGGGUUAGAAGCCAUAUUAACGUGUUAAAUCAGUUUAUAAUAUAUAUAUAUAUAUUUAUCCCCUCCAAAUCACUGAAUUCAGGUGCUGUUUUUCAGGGGUUAGGCUUGGCCCCUUAGUUCCAGUGAAAGGAACUCUUAAUGUUUCAGCAUACCAAGACAUUUUGGACAAUUUCAUGCUCCCAACAGUUUGGAGAUGACCCCUUCCUGUUCCAACACGACUGCACACCAGUGCACAAAGCAAGGUCCAUAAAUACAUGGAUGAGAGAGUUUGGUGUGGAGGAAGUUGACCGGCCUGUACAGAGUGCUGACCUCAACCUGAUAGAACACCUUUGGGAUGAAUUAGUGCAGAGACUAGACCAGACUCGUCCAACAUCAGUGCCUGACCUCACAAAUAUGCUUCUAGUGGAAUGGUCAAAAAAAUUCCCAUAUACACACUCCUAAACCUUGUAGAAAACCUUCCUGGAAGAGUAUUAAGAGUUCCUUUCACUAGAACUAAGGGGACCCCUGAAAAACAACACCUGAAUUCAAUGAUUUGGGGGGGGGUGUCCCAAAACUUUUGCCAAUAUCAUGUAUUAAGACUUGAUAUCAAAUUACCCAAUAAUCAGGCAAAUUAUUAUUAAGUAAACAUUAGGGAUAGGUUCUAAAAUGGUAAUAUGAGGCUGUUUUUCAGUGUAAUUAUAAUAAAAUGCCCCGGAGAGCUACUUGGUGAGAACAAAAGUGGUGAUAACAUGCGCAGAUAACCGCAUUAAACUUGGGGAUUGUAUUUGGCAUUUCAUAUCUGAAGUCAGAAUGUAAUAUGAUUAAGAAAUCCCUUCACAAUUGUUUAAAUACGCCUUUCAAAAUACUUUCCUGUCAGCAAAUUGGAUUUGACUCACUUUACAGCCAAAUAAAAAACGUAUUGGCCUGUUUACUCUCUGGUUUCUUCUGCUGAGGAGAACAUAGCAGCACUACUCAAUUUAUUAGGGAAAAAAAUCAGCAUAACUCAUUCUGAUUGAUUAAUAUGUUUUGGCAGUAUCAUUGCACAGACUGUGUAAGAGCCAUCUGACUGCCUUGAUGAUUCACAUUCCCAUGUAUUAGGCAUCUCUAGUAGGAACAGAUCUCGGCAAUGAAAUGACUCACACACACACACACACGCAGGUUUUCCAAAUCAAUAAGGCCACACGCGUGAUCCGACCCACCGUAUUUGUGAGACAGUUGGUCAUUGUAAUGUAAAAACGUAAAAAGCUUGGCGACUGAGCUGAUGCGUGUACACGCACAGAGGAGUGACUAUUUGAGCUGCAUUAUUUUGGGCAUGUGGUUUUGACAGUAAACAAGUCAAAUCCUUGGGCAAGCAAGACAGAUUUGAGUACUUAUUUAUUUAUUUAUUUUUAAAAUCCUGCUGACAUCGUGCUCUCGACUUUUGCUGGUAAAACCGUCUCAUAUGUGUACAUAUCACAUACCCAUACCUCGAAAUCUUUUCAGUGGAUUAUUUCAAUAAAAAAAUGAAUUAUUAUUUAUGUCACAAAACUGAUGUUCAGAAGCUGGAUUUUUUCACCUGUCUUGAAAUAUUGUACGAUUUUUCAACCCUAAAUGAAGGAGUAGAAAUGAAGAAUUUGUUUUAGAUUGUAGAUAGCAUAUGUAAUUAAAUAAAUAAAAUAUUUCAAUUGUGUUUUUAUUUUUUCUUCCUUUCCAUGA